AUGGGAGAAAUCAAGAAAAAAUGCGAAAGCGGGUACACGACAUCAAUGCCUGUCGCUGUGCGAAUGGCUGUGGAAAGAACUGUGACAAGUGAGCCAGCAUUACUGCAUACUUUUCAGUUCCUUUCUAUCUGUGCUCCUGCUCCAAUCCCGUUAGAAGUUGUCAUUGAGUUCGUUGCUGACCGAAUGCCUGACCUUGAUGCUGAAGACAUAGCCCCAAUAUUGAUGGCUUCAAGUCUUGUUCAAAUUUCAUGUAAAGGAGAUAGUAGGCCAACAUUGUGGCUUCACCAGGUGGUAAAUAGAGUCAUUAAAAGUAAUGCAAAAGUCAAGAUGCAAGCAGGGAAACCUGAGCUUGAAAUGAUCUCAACAGCGCUUGGACCACUUCACAAACUUACGAAAGAAGACAGCUCUAACUCCAAGAUAUUCGCUGGACAUGUGAGCGCUUAUGUAUCCUACGUUAUUUCCUUUGGCCACAGUUGUUUAAAUCUUUAUGAGGAAAUGAGCAAAGUGACUCAAUUAAGUCACUUCCUCGAGUGCUUUAUUUCUUGCGCCACAAUGUGCCUUAAAUAUGGAAAACUCAGUGUCGUUAAACAGUGUUUAGAAACACCAAGACAAUUCAUGAAGGUAAACACAGACAUCGCUAUCAACAAAGAUGUUUCGUCCUUGUUGCAUUUCUUUUGUGGCCAAGCUCUGGCAGAACAAAGUAAAUUUAAAGAUGCCAUCGAAUACUUUAAAGAGGCAUUGGAAAUACGGCGCCGCAGUAUUGACAGAAACAGUCAAGCGGUCGCCGAGUGUCUACGCCAGCUGGGGCGAGCUAACUACAAGUUAUCUCAGGGCAAGGAAGCUAGAGAAUAUUAUAAUGAAGCACUUGCCAUCUUUCGUAAAAAUUUUGGGGAAAAACAUAAAGAGGUAGCGUAA